AUGGCGGUAGACCGAUCAAAUGACCCAGGCGGUCAAACCCACGGAAGUAGUGAGCAGGACUCACUCAGGGCCGGUAGAGAUCAUUCCACAGGAAGAAACUCGGUGCAAAACACGGCGGGCCUACCUUUGGAGAACCCUCCUGCCAACGAUACAUCGAAAGUCCGCUUCUCGAUUGAAUUCCCUCGGGAUAAAGAUCAAAAUAUACAAGCGAAAGAGUUGAAGACUUCGGCUCGCCCCCCUGCUGGCAUACUCAAAAGUCCUUCUGUUGGUCGCAAUCGGGGUUAUUCCCUCAGACGCUCGCUUUUCACGCAGAACAUCCAGAAGCAGGCUUCGGACAAUGGGGGUACAUUUGAGAUGGACCCUGCAAAGGCUGCCACCGACGCACAAAAGACUGAUUCACCCUCGACCACAAUCACCGUCGAGGAGGCGGAAGAAGAAACUGAUGCGCGCUCGACCAAACCUGUGCGCCUCUCGGAUUCUGACCUAGAGCUCCCAUUGUAUCGACGGUGGAUGUCCCAACAUCAUUCUCGAACGACCCUGCUCAAACGGCUCACGGAAAACUACCACCAGUUUCGGGAUAGGAUCAUUCGAGCACACACAAUUCCACCCAGUAUUGAUGGAAGACAUAUCAAGGUGAAUGUAGUAGAGGCCGACCACGCCCUCGACGAAAGAACUGGGAAGCCCUACAUCAGCAACGCCAUUUGCUCAUGUCGCUACACUCCCUGGAACUUUGUCCCCAAACAGCUCGUUGCCCAAUUUGGAAAACUUGCCAAUUUUUAUUUUCUGUGCGUCUCUAUUCUCCAGAUGAUACCCGGUCUGAGUACGACUGGCACAUACACCACCAUUAUCCCCCUGCUUAUCUUUGUCGCUCUGUCCAUGGCCAAAGAAGGAUAUGACGACAUCAGGAGACACCGCCUGGACAAAGAGGAAAAUGAAAGAGUCACUCAGGUCCUCAGGAUUGCUCCAUCUGGCUCCGCCAAGACAGAGUGGCAGGAAAAGACAUGGAGCGAAGUACGAGUUGGCGACAUUGUACUAUUAAAUAGAGAUGCUGGUAUUCCUGCCGACCUGAUACUACUUCAUACGGAUGAGCCCACAGACACAGCUUACGUCGAAACAAAAAGCCUCGAUGGAGAAACAAAUCUCAAAUCCAAGAAACCUGUGGCCGAAGUGAGUGCAGCUUGUCAAGAUCCAGAUGCCAUCGCCAGGCUGCCUGCCGACUUCGCGGUGGAGGAUCCAAACCUUGAUCUCUACAAAUUCGAUGGCAGGGUAACGAUCAACGGAACAACACUCCCGCUGACCAACUCGGAGAUCCUGUAUCGUGGCAGCGUGCUGCGCAACACUCCAUCUGCAGUCGGUCUGGCCAUCUAUUCCGGCGAGGAAUGUAAGAUUCGCAUGAAUGCCAACCAGACUCCUCGCACAAAGGCACCGACCUUGCAGGCUAAGGUCAAUCGAGUUGUCAUUUUCGUGGCAUCGCUCGUCAUCUUCAUGGCUAUAAUCUUAACGGUGGCUUACCAGAUCUGGCGUCGGACGACAGAGGAGAAAUCGUGGUAUCUUCAAGACGCGAAAGUGCCUUUUGGCCAUGUUUUAACCUCCUUCAUCAUCAUGUUGAACACUAUGCUGCCUCUGAGCUUGUAUGUGUCUCUUGAAAUCGUCAAGUUGGCCCAGAUGUUCUUGAUGAAUGAUGUGGAUAUGUACGAUCCCGAAUCAGACACUCCAAUGGAACCGCAUACAUCGACAAUCAACGAAGAGUUAGGGCAGGUCAGCUACAUCUUCUCCGACAAAACUGGAACGCUCACGAACAACUCGAUGAAGUUUCGGAAAAUGAGCAUUGGUGGCACUUCGUGGUUGCAUGAUCUCGACCUGCAAGACGAAGCUGCAGACGGAGCUGGUCGUGAGAAGCUCUGGCACAAAAAGCGGGGCGGCAAAGGGAAGGAACCUCGUUCGGAGAAGCAGAGGAUGUCUCUUUCUAGGGCUCUGCGAAAAUCAACCGCAUCAACCGGUGCUGGGACUGUCAACCAUAUCAAACAAGCAUAUACCACUGAAGAGACACAGUGGAAAGCCUCAAACGGUCUCGACAUGACCAUGGAAUCAGGCAAGACACAGGAUCUCCUCGACUACAUCUACCGGCGGCCUUAUACUGUCUUUGCCCGCAAAGCUCGAUUUUUUCUUCUUUCACUGGCUCUAUGUCACACUUGUAUCCCGGAGAAAGAUGAUGAAGGCAAUAUUGAUUAUCAGGCGGCUUCACCGGAUGAACUGGCAUUGGUGACAGCAGCGCAAGACUUAGGCUACAUCGUGACUGACCGACACUCUAACACAGUCACGAUCAAGACUUAUUCUGACGAGGACGAGGCUUCUCCCGUCUAUGAAAAGUACGAAGUGCUGGACAUUAUUGAAUUUUCAAGCUCUAGGAAGCGAAUGUCGGUCGUUGUGCGCUUCCCCGACCAACGCAUAUGCCUGAUCAGCAAGGGCGCCGAUAGCACUAUUCGGCAGCUCCUGCGUUUGGCAGAUCUGGCAGCUUCGAAUGUGCAAGCCGUGCAAAGGAGAGCCAGUCAGCGGAAAAGCGUUGAAGCGCAGGAAGCAUUGAGGAGGCGCAGCACUCAGUUAAGUCAGCGAUCAAGCUCUGGGUACGCAGCUUCUCCACGACCCAGUGGCUUCUCCUUCGACCGUUCUCGGACCGUGCGUGACAGCAUUGAUCUUUGGUUGAAAGAGCGCGAGAAGGAUGCAGGCACUUCUCAACGACGUAAAAGCUCUCAAUUUUACUCAUCGCGACCCUCCAUGCAACUUCCAUCUCGCCAAUCCGAAAGCUACAGUGGGAGAGUGCAAUACUCGCCUCAGACGACACCUCGUGCAUCCAUGCAAGCCGAUGAUUCAGAAGAUCUUGUUGACGAAAGCCUCAUUCUAGACGAGAAUGCCGUGUUUGAACGCUGUUUCCAACACAUUGAUGACUUCGCGACUGAAGGCCUUAGAACCCUCCUGUAUGCAUAUCGUUACCUGACCGAAGAUGAAUACAAAACUUGGAAGGAAGUCUAUUUGUCUGCUACAACAAGCAUCGUGGACAGACAAGAAAAGAUUGAACAUGCAGCAGAACUGCUCGAGGCGAAAUUGGAAUUGCUUGGAGCCACCGCAAUCGAAGACAAACUUCAGCAGGGGGUUCCUGAUGCUAUUGAUCGAUUUCGCAGAGCCGGCAUCAAGAUGUGGAUGCUUACUGGAGAUAAACGCGAGACCGCCAUUAACAUUGGCCACUCCUGCCGAUUGAUCAAGGAUUAUUCUACCGUCAUUGUCCUUGACCACGAGCUCGGAGACUUGCACAAUCGAAUGGCCCAGGCUUUUGCCCAGAUUUGCAACGAGAAAACGGCGCAUUCGGUACUGGUCGUUGAUGGACUAACUCUGACUAUUAUCGACGCAGACCGCGCGACGAGGGCGCUGUUUACAGAUGUCGCAAUCCGUGCUGACUCUGUAAUUUGUUGUCGAGCGUCCCCAAGUCAGAAGGCUUCUCUUGUUCGAACCAUCAGGACCAAAGUCAAGGGCUCUGUAACAUUGGCUAUUGGGGAUGGAGCUAACGAUAUUGCCAUGAUCCAGGAGGCGCAUCUAGGUAUUGGCAUUGCCGGUAAGGAAGGCCUCCAAGCUACGCGAACUUCGGACUAUUCGAUUGCGCAAUUCCGCUUCUUGUUGAAGUUGCUGCUCGUGCAUGGGCGAUGGAACUAUGUUCGAAUCUGCAAGUAUCUUCUCGGCACUUUGUGGAAAGAGAUGAUGUUCUACAGUGCCCAAGCCCUGUAUCAGCGAUGGAACGGCUACACCGGCACCAGCUUGUACGAGCCCUGGAGUUUGUCCAUGUUCAACACACUGUUCACGUCUCUUCCAGUGAUCUUUCUAGGCGUCUUCGAGAAGGAUUUGGCGGCAUCCACGUUGCUGGCGGUCCCGGAACUUUACAAUUAUGGCCAACAAGAUCGUGGAUUCAGCUUCUGGAUUUAUCUGAGGUGGGCUACACUCGCGGUUUGCGAGGCAGUUCUUGUCUACUUCAUGAUCUACGGCAUAUAUGGGCUCGCCUGGUUUACCCGAGACCAGGAGCUGUACGCGUUCGGGUCCCUAGUCUUCACUGCAUGUAUCGUCAUCAUCUCUUUGAAACUGCAGUUUAUUGAAUUGCACAACAAGUCGGUGAUGGCAGCGGUAGCGAUCUUUCUGUCAGUGGGCGGGUGGUGGCUGUGGAACCUCAUUCUGUCGAGCAUCUACCCAUUCAACCCUGUGUACAGCGUCAACCACGCCCUGCUGGAUCGGUUCGGGCGCAACCUUCUCUGGUGGAUUACAUUGCUGUGGACCAUCUCGGCCGUUUGUCUGCUCGAAGUGACCAUCAAAGCAGUCAGCGCGGUUGUCUGGCCCAGCGACGUGGACAUCUUUCAAGGGUUUGAGCGAGAUAGAGAGGUUCGCAAGCGCUUCGAGGAGGCUGCGGCAGAUCUCUUGCAGCAGGGUUGGGACAGAGGGACUAAAAAGUCAAGUCUGGAGCUGGCCCGGGCAGCUGCCGAACAAGCUGAACGGGAGGCACAAGUGCAGGAAUUACUCAACAAGCCUCGCGACAUGACGGAUGGGCGAAAGCCGAAGAUGAGGAGGAACGACUCGGGGCUCAGCACCAGGGCAGGGCCCAGUACGAAGAGACCACAGAAUCCAACAAACGGGAGCAGUCACGAAAUGAGCGAAGUACAGCUGUCGCAGCAGCGCAAGUCUAUCGAUAUUGGCGAAUUGUUCAGCAAGGGCUUUGGCGCGGUGCGCAGGAGCCAGGAGUUACUACGAUAG